ACGUUAGAAUAAAAAUGACAUAUUUUUGGAGUAUUAAGUUUCUGACUUUAACAUUUACGCUCUCUACACUGUAUUCUCAUUAGCUUUGAAUUUCUUUCUUUGUUGUGUUUUUAACAUUUUUUAAAUAAAGUUUCUUAAUUCAUGUAUUUAGAUUUUUUUUACUUUAUAGUUAGACCAGGCAUUUAGAUUUCAUGUACUUUAUAGCUAAUAAUGGCAGAAGCUUAUUUGGCAUGGGAUUUGCUUAUUCUUCAAGAAAGAGCGAGGAGAAUUAUUAAUGGAAUAGAAAGAAGGUUAUUACGAGAUGCACAGAAUCCUUAUGAAUUACCCCAUGAUGUCUUUCUUAUGUACUUUAGAAUUAAUCAAGAACUUGCAAUGGAUCUCACAAACAUAUUAAGACCUCAUUUAGAGCGAGAACGUAUAUAUGGUUUAUCCCCAGAAAUACAAGUUUUAGUAACAAUAAAUUUUCUCGCUAAUGGCAGUUAUCAGACGCCUGUUGGAAAUCAUUACAAUUUUGUUAUCAGUCAGCCAUCUACAAGUCGUUGCAUACGUAAAGUGAUAUAUUUAAUAAAUAUAUAUACAUUUAUUGCGUCGAUGGAUAAAAUUCCCAAUGACAGCAGAAGAAAGAAUUGUUGCACGGAAUAAAUUUGUACAAGCUCCGCAACCAUUUCCUGGUGCAAUAGGAGCCAUAGAUUGUACUCACAUAAAUAUCAUUGCACCUCGUGUACACGAAGAAGCAUAUGUGAAUCAUCAUGGAAAUCAUUCCUUGAAUGUACAAGCCAUUGUUGAUCCAGAUUUAAAGAUAUUAAAUAUUAAUGCGCGAUAUCCUGGAGCUAGAAAUGAUGCAUACAUAUGGAAUGCUUCUCCAAUCAAACGUGCUAUGGAAUACCAUUAUAAUCAUGGUGAAAGAAGGACAUACUUAAUUGGUGACGCUGGAUAUCCACUUGAACCUUGGUUUAUGACACCAUUGCCACAUUAUCCUGAGUGGAGUCGACAAUAUCAGUAUAACGAAAAGUUGUGUAAAGCACGCAGCAUUGUUGAAAGAUUUUUCGGAGUAUUUAAAGCAGUAUGGAGAUAUCUAUCAUAUCAACGUGUACUGAUGUAUGCACCAGAUGUCGUAGGACAAAUAAUUAACGCAUGCGCUGUUUUGCACAACAUGCGUCUGCAUUACAGAUUAUUCAUGGAUAUUGAGGAAGAAAAUAUAAAUCUUAACAACGAACCUAUGAAUUUGAAUAAUUUGGAAGAAAGAAUGGAGGGCCACAGACAGCCUCGAGCCAUAGCACAACGCAUCCAGAAACAAAUUAUGUUAGAAUGGUUUCGCAAUUACCGCUGUGCUUGGGAUCAGGAUUAA